AUGAAUGAUUUGAUCGGGGAGCUGAGCAGGACUCCAGCAGGGCUGAGGUUGGAUGGCAGAUACGUCAACAACCUGAGCUACGCUGAUGAUAUGGUAUUGCUCAGCCCCUCAAUGAAACGCCUGCGAAAACUCAUCAAAAUAUGUGAGGGUUAUGCGAAAGAGCAUAAUCUUACAUAUAAUGUAAAUAAAACCGAAAUGAUAAUAUUAAGAUCGGGAGAGGUGCCUCAGAAUAUCCCCGUAGUUUGCAUUAACGGACAACCUGUCAAGAUAGUGGACAGCUUCAAGUACCUUGGCCAAAUUGUUUCGUCCUGUCUCAAGGAUGACGCAGAUAUUGAGCGUCAACGUAGGGCUCUUUGUGUGGUGGGUAAUAUGAUUGCGAGAAAAUUUAACCGUUCAGCGCCUGACGUGCCCUGUACUUUCCCCGUGGCAUAA